UCUGUCAGCUCAAGCAUGCAACCAGGAAACCAGUGCACAUGGCUCAAGGUGAAGCACACAACAGUGGGCUCAAAACUAAACCCUGCUGGAGUUCCCCGUGUGAAGAAGGGUUGAAGGGAAGUGGAGCGACGGAGGGAUGGGUGAGAAAACAUAAUACACUGAAGGCUUGGAGUGAGCACUGAUGUAGACACUGGAACUAGAAGCAACAGAAGUCAGCAAUGGCAGCCAGCAUCCUCGACUACGAAGAACAUCUCAACUGCACUGAUGUCGACCAACGGAUGAAGCGCUACUACCUGCCUGUCUGCUACAGCGUCAUCUUUGUGGUGGGCCUGGUGGGCAACAUCACUGCCAUUAGCAUCUACCUGACGAAGCUGCGCCCCUGGAAGAGCAGCAGCAUCAUCAUGGUCAACCUGGCGCUGACGGACCUCCUCUACGUGCUCAGUCUGCCCUUCCUGGUCUACUACUACAGCAACGGGGAAUCGUGGACCCUCGGUGACUUCAUGUGCCGCUUUGUGCGCUUUGGUUUUCAUUUCAACCUGUACGGGAGCAUCCUCUUCCUGACGUGUCUCGCAGUUUUCCGUUACGUGGUGGUGAUUCAGCCUCUGAGGGCCGCUGAGGUGCAGCAGAAGGUUUGGGGAAUAGUUGCGUGCACAGCCGUCUGGAUCAUCACUGCUGCCGAAGUCACACCAAUGUUGACGAUGAUAUCCUUGGAUAAACGCAACAACAAGACCUACUGCUUGGACUUUGCUAGCGCCAAACAUAUCCACCUGCGCUGGUACGGCUGGCUGCUCACUGCAAUCGGAUUUCUACUCCCCCUUGUGGUAGUAUCCAUGUGUUACAUCGGUAUCGUGAAGCAAUUAGCGAAAGGGCUCUCCACGUCCAGUCCGUUCAGGAAGCGCGCGCGGUGCGUGACCGUGUUGAUCCUGGUGGUGUUUGUGGUGUGUUUCCUGCCAUAUCACAUCCUGCGUGUUUUGCGGAUAGAAACUAGAACGACGUCAUGCACGGUGGAGCGCAUCGUGCAUGCAGUGUAUAUUAUCUCCAGGCCUCUGGCUGGUGUCAACACGUUUUCUAACCUGGCUCUGUACACUCUGUCAGGGGAUAAGUUCAGGAGGGCCUUCAUCAGCACUUUUUACCCUGAAAACUGUCUGACAAAGGCUAGGUCAGUGCUCCACCUGGCCAUCAUCAGCAAGGCAGGCCCUGACAUGCCGGCUGACCACGCCAACGCCAGAAUGACUUCCAUCUUUUUUGUGGAAUUAUUUUAAGCCUUCCGAGUCAGACACAAUGUCGGGAAAGCUGCAUGAUCUCCAUUGUGUGCUUCCCACAGACAAGAAAUAGUUGUAUAUGCCAACGCCUGAAAUGUAAAUAAAACUGUUUUAAAAUUAAAGCUGUUAGAAGUGCAUGUAAAGUGUCAG